AUUGAUGCUAAGCUAAGCUAAAAGUGCUUCUGCCAGACCUAAAGGUUGGCUGAAUGAAUGGUAAAACUGCAAAUAAAUGUUAAAAACUCAACUGUAACUCUUAAAUACCUUGUAAAAUGAACCUCUCUCCAUAAAAACAAAAACUGGAGUGUUCCUUUAAAAAGAGUGCCUUAGGUAACUCUGACGUAACGUCUGACGUUUAUAGACUUUCAUGCACUUGCAAGAUGAACUCCGACAUGUCCUGUCAUCUGUACACUUUAGGACACAACUAAAAAAAAUCAAGUUGAAUUCUUUCUAUGUGGGAAGCCUGGAGCAGGGAAUGCCACACAAGUGCUGAAAGCGGGAAACAGCAGCCAAGUGAAUUGAUUUGCAGGGAUUAAGAUAAAGAACCGCCCUGGUCUGAUGGGGUUUAGAGGGGUAAAUCUUGGGAUUAUGAUGUCAGGUUGGGCGCUGUGCCGUGGUGAGAGAGGAAAUUGAAUUGUCAAAGGGAGUCUGGAGGCCAGGAUUAUGCCACAGUCAGUGUGACCAUGGCAGGAGUCAGCUCUGUGUUCACCCGCUGGCACCUUGGCUGUAAUUACAGCAUAAUGGGGUUUCCCGCUUUAGAAGAAGAGGAAUUCCGCAUGUAGUCGACACACUUUUGGAUUGCCGCAGCUAGUUGAAAUAGAUUUGUAUAAAGGUACAAAUGGAGAUUUAUGUAUGCCUGCACCAGCACUUGCCUUAGACGGGUUAACCAAGACCAGCAAGAUGAAGGUGAAAUGGACCCAACUGGGCCUGGUGUUUUUCUUGCUGCUGUCAAUCAUCAUGACCGCUUGCUUCAUUUGGCAGUACACGCUUCCCAAGUUAGUGCAAGAUGAUAAUGCAGAUGAAAGAUCCAAAGCUGUGAGAAUGUGCCCUCGCUUCCCGGAGCCAACACCUCUGGAGCAUCCCAUCCCCACUUUAAAGGGAGCGCUUGAAAAGGUUGACGCACUACUGCGCAAUAACAUCAACCUUAUCAGUCUGCCCUCAUUGUCUGCUAUUGUUACCUAUAAUGACACAGUGCUGUGGACAGGGAACUUUGGCAGGAGAAAUGGCAGCGAUCCUACUUCUGCACCACCGAAUGAAUACACCAUUUACAGGAUUGCCAGUGUAUCCAAGAUAUUUCCCACCCUGAUGCUGUAUCGAUUAUGGGAAGAUGGCAAGGUGGGCUCCCUGGAUGACCCGCUGGAAAAAUAUGUGGACAACUUCACCAUUAAAAACCCCCUGGGUAAAAGCAGAGACUCUGAGCUCAAAUACGUCACAGAUGGGCUGAUCUUCCUUGACAGCGGUGAGGUCCAAAUCCGAUCCUCCUCAGUAACAUUAAGAAGAAUGGCCAGCCAGCUUUCUGGUCUACCUCGAAGACUCCGUGGGACUAACUUACUGUGGAAAGGCAAGACCAAGACUGCAAUCAACCUCCUACAAGAUGAUGUGCUCGUAGCAGAUCCGGGGACCAAGUGCCACUACAGCAAUCUGGCCUUCUCUUUGCUUGCCCAUAUCCUUUCUGAGAGGGUUGCAGGUGUCAAUUACCAGAGAUGGGUCACAGAUAACAUUCUCAGCAGGUUGGGAAUGGAGGACACUGGGUUUGACAUUAACCCUGGCAUCCAAAGUCAAAUGGCUGUAGGUGUGUACGCCAGUGGCCAACCGGCGCCCCUUUAUGAUUUGGGCUGGUAUCGCCCGUCAGGACAGAUGUAUUCGACUGCUGCUGACUUGGCAAAAUUAUCAAUGAUGUUAUUGGGAGCGUAUCAUCGCAAAAUAUUGGAACCCGACACGUUGAAAAUCAUGCUAACCCCUGUGUUUCGCUGUGACAAAGACUACUUCGCCAAUCGCACAGGUACACCAUGGGAGGUCAACGAACAGAAGGGAUAUGAGGUACUACGUAAAGAUGGCGAUCUGGAUGGCUACUCCGCUACAUUCUCUCUGGUGCCUCGGCUUAAGCUUGGAUUGGUUGUGUUAAUGGCAGGAACGCGGCCGCAGAACCAGGAUAUUAUUUCGAAGGCUUAUUCUUACAUCAUUCCUGCAAUGGAGAAGGCGUUUAGGGAGGCCAAGCGGUAUCUUACUCCUCCUCCAGAUCCUGCACCCUAUGUGGGAUUUUACACUUACGGCAACAUCACGUUUUAUGAGAUUAAAGCAGGGCCAGAUGGUGUCUUGAUCAUGCAGCAGUUUGGACCUCAAAUUGAGGAUCUCAUCCCGGAGCGUUACCGGACCAUAAAAUUGAAUUACCUAGUGGAACGGGUAUUUAGAGUCGUUUUCGAGAAGGAGUAUCCCUGCGUUUUACGUGUCAACACUGCAUCUGUAUCCCUCGAAGCCCAAGAUGGGCAGCUUUUUAACUUUUACGUCUUUGAUAAGAAAGGUGUAUCUCCAGGAUUUGAUGCUCCAGGGCUCAACACAUAUAAUGUGAUUAGAAUAUCCCGCAAACCCACCUUCUCUAAUUGAGGAUGAUACAGUUUAUUUAUGAAAGAACUUUAUCUUGGAGAGAAAGUGAUAACAGAUGAUGUUUACCACAUUGUUUUCCCGAAAAAUAGCUUGUUUACCCUGUGAGGAUCUCGGAAUAACCUAUUUUUGCACAUUUAUGUCCAUAAAGAUUUCGAUGUUCUUCCUAUGUAUGCAUACAUGUAUAAAAAACAUAUUGAAUGUUGUAUUCGUAUGAAUCUAACACUAUGAAUGA